AUGGAAGGAGAUCAAGGGGCCAGCAGGAUGAAAAUGCAGACGGUCCAAUUAUUGCCAGAUGAACAACUAGUGGCACUGCAUCAACAGAUGAUAGAAAAAGAGGUAUCGUAUCAACAAAAGUUACAGAGUUCACAGGAAGCACAGCACAGGCAAGCGGUCCUUGUUCAGAAGCUGCAGGCGAAGGUGAUACAAUAUCGGAACUGGUGUCAAGAGCUAGAGCAGCAACUGGAAGCAAGCAGAGGAUCCUGUCCACCUCAGCGGGAUUACAAAGAAGAUCAUAGCCUGGAGAAAGCACUAAUCCAGCUGGAAGAAGAACAGCAGAGAUGUGAAAAUUUGGCUGGUAUGAACAUUUUGCUCCGGGAGCACCUGGACAAGGCCAAUGAGGUGAAUGAAGCUCUUCGAGAAGAUAUCAACAAACUGACAGCUGAUUGGAUAAGGUCCAAGGAAGAGUUGGAGCACAAGGAGAAGGAAUGGCACAAAGAACGGGAGCACUUUGACAGAUAUAUGCAGGCAGAACAUGAUCGUAUCCUUGGUAUAUGGCGUCAGGUGGUGACCUUACACCGUUAUUUCCUGGAGAUGAAGACAGCAACUGACAGAGAUUUGUCUGAAUUACGUGCUGAUCAAGUAAGGCUGUUUGGCACUAUACUUGUCAAUUGCUUCCGCCUAAACUCUGAUCAACUGUCUUGGGAGGCUAGGCAGUUAGGAAGCCCUGACCUGCAGGGUCAGAUCCAACAGCAGCAAUUUGAUGCGAAGCCUGAGAAAACGGAUCAGAGUAAAGACACAUGCCAGAAAGCACAAGCAAUUGGCAGCGGAGACUUUCUGAAAGAGGAUCUUCAGAGAAGGGUGAUGGAGCUUACUGCAUUACUUGAGCAGUCUCAAAGGCAGAAUGAGGAGAAGGAGAAGACAGUGAAGGCACUUGGAGAUACGGUGGAGAUUCUGGAGGCUAAUCGUUUGGAGCUAGAAUAUGAACAUUCACUGAUCAAAGACACAAAUGAAGAAAUCAUUUCCCUUCAGCAUGCAAUAAAAGAAAUAAUAAAAGUCGUAAUCAAUGACAACAACUCAGCAGUUGGCAACCCAGAAGCGGAGAACUAUCCUGAUCCCUGCAGUUUCUUGCAGAUGAAUGCUUGUGACCCAGGGGGUGCUGUCAUUUUAGUGCGUGAUGUGCUGACUAAGAGGAGCAAUAAGGUGCAGCAUCUGAAACACCAGCUCUUAGCCAGUCAAAAUUCUGUCAGCUCUCUGGAGAAACUGCGAGAGCAGCAGGAAGAGCAAUGUAAAUUCCUAAGACAGAGGCUCCAGCAACUAGAAGGAGAACAAGACACACUCACUGUCCAACUGCAGCAUUUCCAGUCCAUGGUGGAGACUCUCCGCAGUGGCCAUGCAACUUUGGAGAAGUCCAGGGAAGAACUGCAACAGCAACUGGAAGUCCUGGAAGAGGAGGCCCGGCACUUACGCCAAAGCAACACUCAGCUGCAGCUGAAAGGUGACACAGAGGACAGGGAGAAAGAAGACAAGCUGCAGGAAAUGGAAAGGGUACUGCGAGACAGAGAGUACAUUCAGAAACAUUUAAAUGCCCUUGAAGAAAAGCAUUCAUUGUUAAAGAAUGAGUUGGUGGCCAAGGGAGAAGCACUGGAAAAGUCUCAGCUUGAUGGAGAGCUUGUGAAGCAAGAAAAGCAUGAACUUGCUUUGGCACUGGAGCAGGCCGAGCAAUCAAUUGCAGAUUUAACCAUAGCACAAAACAAACUGAGAGCAGAAGCUGCUGAUCUUCGUGAUGUGACUGCAAAGUUGAGUGCCCUUAAUGAGUCUCUAGCACUGGACAAAGUGGGUUUAAAUCAACUUCUGCUGAAGUUGGAGCUGGAAAACCAAUCUCUACUGAAGAAAGCGGAUAACCUAGAGGAAAUUAGGAUGUCUUCGCAGAAGCAGCUAAAUCAGACUGAAAGAAUGAACAAAGAACUACUUUCGGAGAAGAUGCAAUUGGAGCAGUUGUUACAUAAGGCUGAGAUGAUGCAAGAAAAUUUGCAAGAAGAGUUGAGAAUUUUGAGAGCUGAGCAGAAAGAGGCACAUGAAGAGCUCAGUCAGGCUCAUCACCAGCGGGAAACAUCUAGAACUGAUUUGGAACAAGCACAUCAGGAGUCAAGUCAUCUUCGGGAGGUGCUGGCUAAGGUUUCUAAAGAAAAGAAAUCACUAGCGCAUGAGAAAGCAGCACUGGAAGUCCGACUAGAGGCUGUUGAGCGAGAGAGACGGACUCUUACAGAACAGGUGGCAGAGAUCAGAUCAGCAAAGGAACUUCUGGAAUCAAGCCUCUUUCAGGCUCAGCAGCAAGUAUCCCAACUAGAAGUUACCAAGGGUCAACUGGAAAUCCAAGUUCAGACAAUCAGCCAGGCUAAGGAAGUGGUACAAGGAGAGGUGAAAUGCCUUUGCAUUGAACUGGAAGCUGAGAAGACCAAAGUUGAGCAAGAAAAAAAGGACAAAGCAGAGCAACUGUUGAAGGCAGACCUGAAGUAUCAAGAAACCCUCAACCACUUCCAAACUGUGCAUAAAGAAGAAAUGAACACAGUCUUUCAAGAGCUGGAAAGUGAGCGAGAGCGCCACUGUGCAGAAUUACAGAUGCUGUUGGAGCAUGUGGCCAAGGAAAAAGAAGAGAUUGAAAGUGUCUAUGACAAAAAUCUGUUGAAGCUGAAGCAGGAGAUGAGUGCUGUACGAACACAAAUGGAAGGUGAUCUCAUUAAGGCUAAAAAAGAUAAGCAAGAGGUGCUACUAGAAAGAGAGAGUGAGAGUCAAUCUUUACUAGAGAAACUUACCCAAACCAAAGAGGAACUGACCAGUACUUGCCAGCAGCUGAAGAAUCUUCGUCAGGAAAUGAAGAUGCACGAAGAACAGAAGCAGAGUGCUUUACAAAGUUUGGAGGCUGAGCUUAAGGAUGCCCAUACUGCCAUGGAAAUGCUGGGGGAAAAGCACAAGGAGGAGAUAAAAUCUCUCAAAGAAGAAAUAAAUUUGCUCCUUCAACAGCGAGGUGCUUUGCAAAGUCAGGUACAAGAUUUGGAGUCCCAGCUCUCAACGGCAAAAGAUUCUUGCCAGUUGAUCAGGAUGGAGGCUCAGCAACAUUUAAGAGAGGUACAAGGACUGUCCAGACAGAAGGCACUGGAAGUUGCAGAACUCCAGAAGAAGCUGGAAGCUGAGCGGGAACAGCGAGAAGGCAUGGAACAUCAGAACACUGAGCUGCAGAGCCUGAAGGAAGAAGUGGAACAUUGGAACAUAGAACUGAGAGCUACACUGCAGAAACAGCAAGAGGAAGAACAAGAGCUGAACAAAAAGCUGCAGAAGCAACAGGAAGAGGUGGAGCAUCUGAACAAAGAGCUGCAGGACAAGCAGGAAGAGGUGGAGCGUCAGCAAGCCACAGUCCAAAUCCUAGAAAGGGAGCAGAGCCAGUGGCUGGAGGAAGAGUGUAAAAAUUCAGAACGACACGCUGUGCUCCAGAGACAGUGGAAGGAGGCAAAAUGUCAAAAUAAAGAGCUGCAAAGUCAAAAAAGAGAGGUUGAGCUUCAGAAUGUAGAGCUGCAGUACCAGAAAGAGGAGUUGGAACGUCAGAAUGCAGAGCUCAAGUCCAUGCUCCAGAGGCAGCAAGAGGAGGCAGUACAUGAGAGCGCGAUGCUUCGGAGCAGUUGGGAGGAGGCACAACAACGUUACUCAGAGAUGCAGAGCUGGAAGGAGAAAAGUGAACGUCAGAACACUGAACUGCAGUCCAUUCUCCAUAACCAGCAAGAGGAGUUGGAACAUAAGAAUAUGGAAUUGCAGAUGAGACAAAAGGAGCUAGAUAAUCAGAAUGCUGCAGUACAGAAGAUGAAGAUGGAGCAAAACCAAUGGGAAGAGGUGGAAUGCCAGAAUACAGAGCUGAAGGCAAAACUGCAAGCCCUGGAACAGGAAAGAGCCAGCCUAGCUGUGUCCUUGAAGGAGAAAGAGGUCAAACUUAAGAGGCUGCAAGACAGUGACUGUGCCCAUCAGAGUGAAAUCACCAAACUAAACACUGCACUGCAGCAAGCACAGCAGCUGCUGGCUGACCAUAGAAGAGAAGCACAGGAGCUAAGCAGCCAGAUGCAGUCACUCAGGCAGACGAUGCUAGAGAAAGAGGCAGUCUUGAUUGCGCAAAAGGAGAAGCUGGCCCAGGAUCUGGAAGAAUCACGUGCUAGUGAGCAGCAUUUGAGGGACUCUGUGAAGAUGCUGGAAACUGAAGCAUCACAGUUGCGCCUGAACCUUUCUGGCACAGAGAGCAGGACAGAAGCACUGCAUUCAGAAUAUCAGCGCGCUCGUUCAGCCCAUUGGGAGGCACAGUCCCAGUUAACCAAGCUGCGUUCUGUUCUGCAGUACAUGUUGUGUAGUGACUUUGAAGAAAAGCUGGAGUAUGGGGGGAGAGGAGACCGAACCACUGGGAGCUCCACCUCCCCUUGUAGAGAACAGGAUAAUGUGAAAGGAAUGGCUGUACUUCAGCUCAAGAAUCUCUCUACAGAGCUUACAGUGGAGAGAGUAGCCGAAGCAAUCCAGGAUCUGAGGCAGAAUGUGUGGCAUGCUCGUCGAGAACGGGAUGAGAUAAGGAAGAAUUCUGAGAAACUGAAGCAAGAAUUAAGUGAAAAGGAAGCUGAGAGUGAUCGUAUCAGUGCCAAAGCACAAGAGCUGCAAAAGUGGCUGAACCAAAGCCAAGAAGAAAAAAUGAUGGCUGAUGGCAAAUGCAUCUCCUUGGAAUCUGCCUUAAAGUUAGAGGUCAUAGCUUUCAAAGAAGAGAAUGUGACUUUGCGCACGAAGGUGACCACUUUGGAGAAGUCUCUAGAGAAUGCUGAGAAGCAAAAGAAAGAUGCAUUGAAUGAACAAGGUAUGUUACAAAUGGCAAAGGAGAAGAUGGUAUGGGAGCUGGACGUUCUUCGGGAAUCUGCCAAAGCCUCUGAGAUACGGGCAAAUGCCAUGGAAAAGAUGAACCAGUCCCUGGAGCAGGAGCUUCAGGCUGCGCUCUCAACCCUAAGAAUUAAACAGGAGGAAGUAGAGACUCAACAGGAAAGACUGAUGACAUUAGAGCAAGAGGCAAAAGUAGACAAAGACUUGCAAGAAAAGCUAGAUCACCUAAUAGCUACUAUAGCAGAGAGAGAUGAAGAAAUAAAAUCUCACUUAAAACAGAUCAGGGAUCUGGAGAGGCACAGGGAAGUGCAAAAGGCUACUGUAGAACAUCUUACUAAAGAUGUAGAGAAGAAAGUUCAAGAAAUUGAAUCUCAAAAAUCUCAAUUUGAAGAACUAGGGAAGCAGAAUAAAAUACAGACAGCUGCUCUAGAAAGGCUAAAUCUAGACCUAGAAGAGAGCCUCCAAACUGUGAAAUCUCAAAAAGAAAAGAUCGAAAAACUAGAAGAGCUGACACAAAGCCAAACAGUUGUAAUAGAAAGCCUAACCCUAAAUCUAGAGGAAAAAGUCAAAGAAACUCAAAUCAAGGAGGAAAAAAUCCAGAUGAUGGAAGAGAAUGAGUCAUCACACAUUGGAGCUUUGUUAAAAGAUGUAGAUGAAUUGAAAACACAGUUGAGCGAAAAAGAUUGGGAGCUCACAUCUCAGAAGCAGGUGCUUCAAGAACGGGAGGAACAGGUGGAAAAGCAGGUAAAGGCUGUUCGGACAAGCCUCGAACACAUGAAGGCCAUUCUCAGGGACAAAGAAAAGGAGGUGGAAUCUCAGAAGGAACAGAUAACUAGUUUGCAGCAGAGUGAGGUUCAGAGGGAGACACAACUCCAUGAGCUACUUAAGAAAGUAAAAAACCUAACAUUCACCCUGACACAGAGAGAUCAAGAGCUUGAAUUGCAAAAGGAGAAAAUAAGAGAGAUGGAAGAAGAAAUGGAAAUGGAGCUAAAGACUCUUCAUGAACUUCUUGCAAAGACACAAGGAACCUUAAAGGAAAAGGACAAAGAGCUGGAGUUCCAAAGGCAACAUCUAGAAAUGGUGGAAAAACAGGUAAAAGAUUUAUUUGGAGAUUUCCAGUGCUGCACAGUAGCACUAAAGGAGAGAGGUGAUGGUGUUGAGAAAGAAAAAAUAAAGCACCACAAGACACAAGAAGAUGAACUUCAGUUGCAGGAGACAAUUCUUGAAAUGCUGGAACAACUCAAAGUGGUAUUAAGAAGAAAAGAACAAGCAGUUGAAUCCCUGAAAGAGCAGCAUGAGGUUCACAACAAAGAGACAGACAGACAGUUGAGGGAAAUGCAAGUGGAACUUCAAGAAGCAAAACAGGCUUUGAGUAAUAAAGAGAGAGAGCUAGAGUCCUUAAAGGAGGAGAACUGCCAACUCCAGCAGCGAGAGGAAGUGGCAAUAACACAGACAAAGUCUAUCUUGGAGAAAGUGGAGUCCUCCAAAUCUUGUCUUCAGGACAGAGACCAAGAGAGAGAAUCCUUACAAGGACGUCUUCAGGACCUCUUAAGACUGAUAGAGCUGAAACAGAAUAAUGUAGCAAGCCUACAGCAGGAUCUAGAUAGAAUUAAUCAAAUAACAAAGGAGAAAGAUGAAGAAAUUCUCAAGCAGGCCAAGCAAAUUAACACAUACCUUCUGGAAGUAGAAACCACACAGACUGAACUACAGGCAUGUAAGAAUCAAGUAAGUCAUCUUGAGGAAGUGAUUAGAAAAAGAGAGCAUGAGGGAAACUUCCAGAAGUGCCAGCACAAACAUGAACAGGCAGAUAUGCACCAUCUCCAAUUCUGGGCGGCUGAAAAGGGGGAUGAGAAACAUCCCAGAGAAGAAAAAGAAGUUCUAGAAGAUCAGAAAGAACAGGUCAGGAUGAAUGGUCUGUGUGAGAGAGAGCAAAAGCAAAUAAAUGAUGAAAUGAAGGAACUUCUGGAAAAUAUACAGUAUCUUCAACACAUGUUGCAGGAGAAAGGUGAUGAGGUUAAGCAGGAGAGAGUGAAGGUCAAGCAACUAGAAGAUAAAAUUGGAGGCAAAGAGGAGGAAUUGCUGACCUGCAGUGAACAUCUGAAGCAAAUCAUCUCAGCCCUGAGACUGCAAGAUAGUGAACAGGACAACAUAGAGAGUCAUAUCCAAAAGCUCCUGGUCUUGAAGGAAGAAGAGGCAGCCAGGAGGAAGGCGUUUCAGGAAAAGGAUCAGAAGCUAGAGUGGGAAAAGGAAAAAAUUCAGCAGCUGGAAGAGGAGAAAAGAGUAAAGGAGGAGGAACUGGAUCACAUGAUGGCUGUUCUUAACCAGACUGAGAGUGCAGAGAUAGAAUGGAGAGAGAAAGCACAGAAACUGGGUCUGUCCCUGUCCCAAAGUGAAGAGGCUCUGAAAGCCCUGAGGAAGGAAAUUGGUAUCAUGCAAACCAUGGUUUCAGAAAGGGAUAACGACAGGUUUCAUCUUCAGGAGCAGUUGAAUAGAGCUUUCAGAGCACUGGAGGAAGAGAGACAUAUUACUAAAGCUCUGACAGGAGAUGUGGAUUUGCUUCCUAGAGAAAAUGGCAUGUCAGAGAUAUGGUCUAAAGAGGCUGGAGAGUCUGUUAAGAAAGAAGGAGAGCUGACCUGGGCAACUGAAUGGAGGCUGCUGUACAGGCGCCUGAAACUUCUGCAGGAAGCAGUUGCCAGGCUGGAGAAUGACAAACAAGGUUUGGAGCAGCACAAUAUACAGCUCAGAGGUACACUCGAACAGGUGGAACGUGAACGGAGGAGAUUGAAAAGGACCUGUGGAGACCUUUCUCUGAACUGCAGUCUCUCUCAGGCUGACUCAGGACCACCGAAGAUUCCAGCUGUUGCAAAGGAAGAAACUCUGUAUAAGCAACUAGUAGACUUAAAAAAGCAGGUGUCUGUACUACAAAUGCAGCUGUCACUAGAAAGGAAGCAGAAACAGGAUUAUAUUGACAGCUGUGCCAAAACAAGCCAUGAGAUUUCCGGUUUACAUCAGGAACUUUCACAGUCUUUAAAUGCUGUAGCCAGGGAGCCUGAGGCUACAGUUCUGGCAUCUGAGACCCGCAAACUUGAUGAAACCCUGAACCAGAGCUUGGUAUUAGCAAAUAUAAGUUGGGGUGGCAUCUUGUCAGAAAAGCACCCAAUAAGCUCAACACCCAAAACAGUCCAACAGAAAGGUUCAAGAUAGCAUGGAGGCACUGAAGAAGCCAAAGCACUCCAAAUGCAUGGCCACAUCCCCAAAAAUGUGGCUAACAGGACAAUUCUGUAAAGUUUUUUGGUCAGUAUAAAUCUCAGCCCACACUGGACUGCAAAUAGAAGUAAAUUAAAUCUGCCAAGACUUUCCUUUCACUCAUCCUUUGUAAGACCUAGCCUGCUAAUUUAGUUGGCCU